AAGGUAUUUCAGCAGACACGAUGCGAUCAAUGUUUUGACACAGUCAUUAGUUGUCGCGUGUGUAUAUAUGUCCAUGCACUACCGUUAUAGACCACGCACGAGCUUCAUUAGCUUACAAUUGUUUUAGCUUGGCGAAGCUGUGUUGCCUCACGAUGUCUCUGUCUGUCCAUAAAUGGUUUUGCGUCCUGAUUCUGUGUAUGUUCUCUCAUGACGUUGUUGCAAAAACAGAUAGGCGCAAUGUUCUCUUCAUCAUGGCUGACGAUUUGAGACCAACAUUAGGAUGCUACGGGGAUCCUAUUGUAAAGUCACCAAACAUUGAUCAACUUGCCUCUAAAAGUAAUGUCUUUCUCAACGCAUAUGCCCAGCAAGCAGUGUGUGCACCAAGUCGGACCUCCUUACUAACAAGUCGUAGACCUGACACAACCCGGUUAUAUGACUUUAACUCCUACUGGAGAGUGCAUGCGGGGAACUACACCACUCUCCCUCAGUACUUCAAGUCAAAGGGCUACACCACCAUGUCGGUUGGAAAGGUUUUUCACCCAGGCAUAGCCUCUAAUCACUCGGAUGAUUACCCGUACAGCUGGUCUGUACCUCCUUAUCAUCCUCCCUCUUUCAAGUAUGAAAAUAUGAAGGUUUGCAAGGGCAGUGAUGGCAAACUGCAUGCCAACCUGUUGUGCUCAGUUAAUGUGUCUGAAACCCCUCUUGGGACACUGCCAGACAUGGAGAGCACAGAGGAGGCCAUCAGGCUGCUCAAGUCCACAAGGGAUUCUGGCAAGAACUUCUUUCUGGCUGUUGGAUUCCACAAACCUCACAUUCCCUUCAGAAUCCCACAGGACUUCUUGACACUCUAUCCCCUGGAUAAGAUGAGCCUGCCUCCAGACCCUGACGUUCCUAAAGGCCUCCCCAGCGUGGCCUACAAUCCCUGGACUGACAUCAGGAAAAGGGAAGAUGUCCACGCUCUAAACAUCAGCUUCCCAUAUGGGCCGAUCCCAAAAGAUUUCCAGCUCCAGAUUCAACAGCACUAUUAUGCAUCUGUGUCAUACAUGGACUCCCAAGUGGGUCGGUUGUUGAAUACUCUGGAUUAUCUUGGCCUGGCUGAAGACACUGUUGUGGUCUUUACAUCUGACCAUGGCUGGUCACUUGGGGAGCAUGGAGAAUGGGCCAAAUACAGCAACUUUGACGUGGCCACUCGCAUUCCACUAAUGUUCUACGUAGCAGGUGUGACUGCAGUCCGUCCUUGGCCAGAGACCUUCCCUUACAUUAAUGUGUUUGGCCCAACACUGCAUCGCUUCACACGAGGAGGAACAGUGAGCAACGUGAACGAGCUGCUCGAUAUCUUCCCCACUGUGUCUGUCCUGGCUGGGCUGAAGCCCCCGCUCCCCUGUCCCGACAACUCCUUUGACGUGGAGCUCUGCACCGAGGGACACGACCUGGCCUACACCUUCAACAACGACGACAACCGCAAGAAGUCUGAGGCCAUUGCCUUCAGCCAGUACCCCCGGCCCGCCGACACCCCCCAGGAAAACUCCGACCUGCCCGACCUGAAGGACAUCCGGAUAAUGGGCUAUUCUAUGCGCUCCUGGGACUAUCGCUUCACCGUGUGGGCGGGCUUCGACCCAGCUAGCUUCCAGGCUAACCUGUCAGACGUGCAUGGUGGGGAGCUGUACCUCCUGGAGGAAGACCCAGGCCAGGACCACAACCUGUACAACACCUCUGAGCACAGCCUGCUGCUCUGCAAGCUGGGCCUGGGCCAGCAGCCCUGGGCACAGACCCUCAAACAACACCUCCUAUACCUCACUGCAGGGAAUAAAUCUAAAGGGAUGGCAUGAUGCUUUGUGUAAUGAACUAUUUUGCUGUGUUCAUAAGGGAUGUUUCCAUUCUAGGCAAGUGCCUAUAUCUAGAUUGUUUCAGCUUCUAUUGGCACUUUAGGUUUUUAGGUGUAAUCCUUGUCUUAGCAGUUCAGGUUUCUGAAUGUUGAUGGUGAAUUUCAAUGGCAAGAAUUUGACACCAGCUCUAAAUCGAACCUAACAACUCCAAUAGAUCCCUGUUCACUGGUUAUCAGUAUGUUAGUUUGAGAUCAGACUUAUUUUUCAAGCAUAAGGGAAUGUACUGUAACAAACUGAUGGUGAAAUGUGUAUUUAUAUAGGGAAAGAUCAUUAGGGCCAACAUGGAGGUGUUGGUGAACAUGCUGUACUGUAAAACUAUCCACGUUCAUAUUUUGCACAAAGAUUUUUUUUUUUAUAUGUUUAUAUGUACAAAAUGUAUCUAAAUAAGCAUGUUUUUUGGGGGGGGAUAAUCUUGUCAAUGUACAGUAGAAGGAAAAUACUGGUCCUCAUGGAGGAUCCACCCCAGUGUGUUCAGGGCCAGCAGACAGGCUUCAUUGCCAGCUGGGCUGGAAAAUUCCAUUGUUUUUUGCAGUCUGAACGUGAGGUCAGGCCAGUUGGAGAUGGAUCCAUGGGCUGAUUGAAGCUUCUUUUAAUUGCUUGCGCCGAAGGGGAAUUGCAUUUGUGCUCAAACUUUAUCUGUGAUUUUAAUUCUCUUUCAACUCCUGUUUCCAAGUUCUGCUAGAAAAUGUUCCCCAUUUAGGUUCCUUCCCCUGUGAAUGAGGCAGCGUCUUUCGGCUCCCAGACAGUGUUAUCUGGAGAGAAUGUGUUCCUUCCCCUGUGAAUGAGGCAGCGUCUUUCGGCUCCCAGACAGUGUUAUCUGGAGAGAAUGUGUUCCUUCCCCUGUGAAUGAGGCAGCGUCUUUCGGCUCCCAGACAGUGUUAUCUGGAGAGAAUGUGUUCCUUCCCCUGUGAAUGAGGCAGCGUCUUUCGGCUCCCAGACAGUGUUAUCUGGAGAGAAUGUGUUCCUUCCCCUGUGAAUGAGGCAGCGUCUUUCGGCUCCCAGACAGUGUUAUCUGGAGAGAAUGUGUUCCUUCCCCUGUGAAUGAGGCAGCGUCUUUCGGCUCCCAGACAGUGUUAUCUGGAGAGAAUGUGCAACUCCUCAAACAUAUUGUCCAAAAAUAAUUAUUCUUACCACUCAACUAGUCCUAUCUAUACAAAUGUGUAUUCUUCACUACUUCUUUCAUAAGAGUGGAUCUACUGAAGUAAGGUAGUGUGUACACUCAAAUUGGUUAAUUUGACUUUAAUCUUUAAUCUGUCAGGCACUGACACUCAACCUUGAGUUGCAGCACUAUCCUGAUGUAAUAGGACCGGGGAGUGCUUCAUUGAUUCACACAGGAAUGUUAUUCCCCUUAAGUAGACAAUGUGACCUAACACUGAUAGACGAUGGACUUUAACCAUGCAAACCUGUUAAUAUGAUUAAACAAGGAAUCAAUGUG